AUGCAAUUCCCGACAAAUUUCUCCUGGGUCCCCAUCCUUAACUGUUCCUGUACUGUAGUUGAUAAUGACUGCUACAGGCCAGAACAUUACACUAAACCUAUAAUCUGUGUCCAUAAAUCUAUUUCCAAUAUUUCAACUAUUCUGGAACAACCUGUGGAACAACCUACUCCUAUUUCCUCUAUUAAAUGGGUGUAUUUUCUUUUGUUCGCAAUUAUUGCGAUACAGUUAUGCUCUUUUGUGAUAUGGGGAUUGGAACGCUUUAUCUUUUGGCUUAACGACAAACAACGUCGACAACGACGACACGAAGAGCGAAUUUUCGCUCCUGAUCUUCGUUGUACUGGGCGAAGAGGUAGUGCUAAAUCGUUUAGAAAAAUUUGGGCAGUUUUAAGUAUUUUUAUUUUAGCACGCCGACCUAUUAACCGAAACGAUAUCGGGCCUCCACUUCCUCUUCACUGCGUGGUAAAAAAGGAUAAAGUGGAAGUGCAUGAAAUAGAACUGAAAGAAUUGGGAGUGAAAGAAAAGAAUGAGGUUAAAAGAAUGGAUGUAAAAGAUGAGAAUGAAAAAAUAAAGGUGAAAGAAACUCGUUUUUAA